GUUAUCUUCAUCCGCGGAGUGGAACCUCAGACGCUUCUACCACUUAAGCAAAACGUGCAUUCUGAAGAUAUUAUCGAUGUUCCAUGGUGAAAACUAUUCUUCUACAUACAGAGGAAUCUUACUUUCACUUGAAAGGCUGUUGUGAGGAUGAGGGGUAACUAAAUCAGGCUGAAGGAUGAAGUCUAAAGGGAAGGUCCCUAUGUCAUGCAGAAAACCCUGGACCGAGCCAGACCUGGACCUUGAAUCAGAGAACAGAGAACCAGGCACCAGCGAACAGGAGGGCUCUGAGGAUUCGGCCCGUAUUGGAGGCUCCUGGAGAGGCAUUCUGAGGGGCGGGGACCGCGAGCGAGGCGGAGGUGGUGGCACCACCCACGGCCCCCACAGACACCGACGGGCUCACAACAGCAACAAAGAACGCAACGUCCGGCGGCUGGAGAGCAACGAGCGGGAGCGCCAGCGCAUGCACAAACUUAACAACGCCUUCGAGGCUCUUAGAGAGGCCAUUCCACAUGUCAAAAUGGACAAGAAGCUCUCCAAGAUCGAGACGCUGACAUUGGCUGAGAACUACAUCAAGUCCCUGACCUCCAUCAUCCUGGGGAUAUCUAGCGCCCGCCUGCCUCCUGGUGAGACACCGACAGAGGCUAGCGCUGCCAGACUGCUCCAGUGUUACCAGCAGCACCUGGAGGAGGACGGGGAUGAGAGCCUGUCUCAAUUCCUCACCCAGAUCCACAGCUUCAGCCAGGAGAGCUAACAGCUAGCCUCAGUUCCUCACCCAGAUCCACAGCUUCAGCCAGGAGAGCUAACAUCUAGCCUCAGUUGCUCACCCAGAUCCAAAACUUCAGCCAGGAAAGUUAAUAGCCAGCAGGUGCUAACUCCACAGCCAAAGAGUUGAAGCAUCCAGGCUUGACUUGGGGAACGAAUCUCAACUGAAAUCCUAUCUACCAUAUUGUACACUGCUACUCUACUUAUGACCAUGGCCAAAAGUAGUGCACAGAUUGGGGAAAGGGUGUCAUCUGAGAUGCAGCCUUAUACUCUGACAAGCUAGUGAGCUAUAGUGACAUACCUGACCAUGCACAAAAUGGAGCACACAGGAAGGUGAGGUGAUUUGGAGCACUGAACCCUUGACAUUCAUUCUCAGAAACGUAAUGGUGGAGUACAAGUGAAGACAGACACAGGCAGCCUGUGGACUAUGUCAGAUUAGACAAAGGCCUAGCCAGAACUGUGACAGACAGAAUCUCCAUGAAGGACCAUGAUAUAACUUCUAGAACAGGGGAACUUAAAGUUCAUCUCACGUGGGAUUCUGAUUCUGAUAUGUGGUGAGAACCAAAUCAAAGAACAUUCCAGCGCCAUUUAAUCUGUUUUCUUUAUUUUUUUCUGUCAUUUUUCCUAGCUGCCGAUUAACUGUAGUUACCUGAUUGGUCAGAAAUGUAAAAUAACUGAUUGUUAAAGUAUAGUUCUCCAGCAUACACUGUAGCCCACAAGGGCCCAAGCUGUGUAUAUAGGACAGGCCACCCCUGCUGUAUAUAGGACAGGCCACCCCUGCUGUAGAUAGGACAGGCCACCCCUGCUGUAGAUAGGACAGGCCACCCUAGCUGUAGAUAGGACAGGCCACCCCUGCUGUAGAUAAAUAAAUGUUUUCAACCUUUUAGGAACAAUGUUUGUUUUCCCAGCUGAGCACAACCUCUGGACAUAACAGUCACAUACAGGACAAGGAUAUGCGUACCUAUACUGGUCCCACAGACUGUCUCUCGACACAACAGUCAAGUACAAGACAAGGAUAUAAUUCCCUAUACUUGUCCCACAGACUUUAGUCAAAUACUGUACUGUUUAAGGGAGGGAAAGAAUACACACUGUAAUUUAAACAAAGUGUAAAUUAUUAGAAACAUAUUUGUAUGUAUAUAUUUUAUUUGGGGGUGGUUGACACAGUUAUUAAAUUGCAGAGUGGAAGACAGGUAGGUGGGACAAACAGUUUGAAUGGUUGGAGCAGGGAAUUGAACUCAUGCCUCUGGUGGGAAGAGGAAGCCAGCAGUGUUAUCGCUAGACCACAGGAUCUACACAGAGCCAUAUGUGUACAUGUCAAAAUGUACAGUAUGUGUUGACCAAGUUGUUUUACCUCCAUGACCCUAUGGUAUCUUGUGUUUUUAUGGUUCUGGGACAUGGAUGUCUAGCUCAGUUGGUAGAGCAUGGGGCUUCCAAUGCCAGGAUAGUGGGUUCAAUUACCACCUGUACACAGAUAGUAUGCAAACAUGACUAAGUUACCUGGAAUAAAUGCAUCAGCUAAAUGGCAUAUUUUAUUAGAACAGUGGUGUGUGUGUGAAAGGUGAAUGUAAUAAUGAUGUUGCUCUUACAAUGUGUGUUUGAAUGAUACUUCUGUAAUGUCUUUGCAAUCCUGAGUUCUCCUGAGACUCCAAGAAAGUGUGAAUUGAAAAAUGUAAAACGAGAAUCUUCCUUAUCAAUAAUUACAUUUAUUGAGAGGACAUUGACCAUGCACACUAUUAGAAGGAAGAAAUAUAUAGCUCAAUAACACCCUUGUUGGAGUUGGAACAGUACCGGCUUAUAGUGUUCUAUUUUACACCAUAAUCAACAAAAGCAAUGGAAUCCUCAAGUGAAAAGUCCGAUAGACUUCUGAUUUUCAUGCUAUGGUUGUACCCCCUUCACAUCCCAACCUAUACGUGUCAUGUGUCCCUCCUUUAGGAUAAAUCCUGUACUGUAGUAACAGCAGUAUGUACUCAGUGUCAUUAUCAAACAAUGCACUUGUUGUAUUAUGAACUGCUAUAGGAAGAUAAAGUGACAGUAUUCACAGAUAUACAGUUUUCUGGACAAUGAAUGAUUUGUAGUUGCAGUAUAUCAGUCACUAUUGGAUCUUCAUCUUUCAGUUACAGCAGUAAGAUGAAUGAAUGCCCAAACGUGAUAGUUUCAGCCUUUGUGGUUUAAAGAUAAUAGUUAAUAUGACUUAAUAUGACUGAUAUUUUCUGAUUUUUAUAUAUCAAUGUACAAUAACCCAACCUUGAAAUAUCACAAUGAAAACAUUUAUACUAUACUCGUAUUCAGAUUUAUAAAAAAUAUAUAUAUAUUUGUUCUUUCCACCAACCCCUUCAUGUGUGUUGGCUGCCAGUCACGUGUGUUGGCUGCCGGUCACGUGUGUUG